AUGACCUCCACACAGAGUGGUAAAACAACGGCCGCGUUGUCGCCACUUCUGUUGAGGAAGGGCAUCCAGGGAAUCGCAGGGGAUGUGAAAUCUGUUAAGCCAUUGGGAUCGGGCUCCCCUAUAGAGGUUUAUCGCCAACAACAGGCGAUGAACCUACUGGGAACAACCAGUUUUGCCGGCAUCGGUGUCAGUGUGAAACCACACUCAUCACUUAAUUGCAGCAAGGGGGUAAUCAGGUGCCCAGCCUUGCGCAAUGACACCGAUGAAGACAUACUGGCAUAUUUCCAGGAGGAGAGCGUCCCGGUCUCUGAGGUGAGGCGGAUGGUGAUCAGGAGAAACAAUGAUACAAUCAAAACAAACACCUUCAUCAUCACUUUUUCAACGCCAACACUACCCCAAAUACUAACAAUCGGAUACCAGAGGUACAACGUUUCCGUCUACAUCCCAAAUCCAUUGCGAUGCCGAAACUGUCAGAAGUACGGUCAUCACGAAAAGCGAUGUAGACGAAAAUCGAUCUGCCAGUAUUGUGGCCGUGAGGGUCACACCGAGCAAAAUGACUGUGACAUCGCCAACCUGCGCUGUGUCAACUGUGAGGGGAAGCACGCUGCCUCUUCUCGCGACUGCCCUACCUGGAGCCAGGAGAGGGAGAUAUUACGGGUUAAAUAUACCCGAGGUGUCUCUUUCCCCGAGGCCAGGAGGAUAGUCGUGAGUGCAGACAUUGCUACACCCUCUUACGCACAAGUGACUCGAGGCAAGGCGCCGGUUGACAGUGUCACGGUCAAGGAUGCUUCGGUUCAAGUUUCUGAAGACAUACCUGCCUGGGGCUCACAAGUCCCAGACAUGUUAGCAGAGCAGCAGGUGGCGCAGCGGUAG